GACGCAAACAUCUUGCGUCCCUUCAUAUUCCCUCCGGCGAAGAAGACAAAACUCCCAGCAAUCCACAAAGUAUUCCCCGAAUUGCAUAUACGAUGGCAGCCAGAAUUCCGGCGCCUUCAUUCUUCCCCCUUAUACCACCCGAUGCAGGAUCACCGAUGAGAAAGCGUGUGGAUUCGUUUUUCGAGCCUUUGCCCGGUUUGAUGGAGAAAUUGACAACUCGCGGGCUUCCUCAAUCACCGUCCGCAUCUAAGGAUGUCAAGACCACUUCAGGGUCUAGAGAUCGAUUUCAUUUUGAACAUGAUGAACAGGCCGAAUACAGCCAGAUCACAUCGAACAUCAAUCGAAAGAUGCGCGAAGACGGCGAGGAUUGCAUCAUGGGAGAAGAACCUUUGGACACUUGGAAAGGAGAUCAAGACACGGCGUAUUCAGUUGGAAAAUCCCUUGUUGAGAUUAUUGAUUCUGCUGAGCCAUUGAACGAGUUGGCAGUGAGAAGAUUCAUCUUCCGCCACCAAGACUUGCUUCCCAGGAAAUUGGAGACAAACGUUGAUCUUAUGGGAAGGGUAUUGACCGACUUACUACAAGUCGAUUUGCCAUGUCCACAGGAGCAGUUGGGCGCAACGUUUGAUUACCCCAUCAACCUCGAAAAUGAUGCUAAAAUCAAGAAAGGACUGAGAGAACUCAUGAAUGGUCAGGGCAGUAAACGUAUCGAAAAGGACCUCCUGUCGCUGGUAAUGGUAGAGUCGGCGGUUUUAAAAUUUUACGAUAAAUAUGCUUCACAGUAUAGCAAGGAACCAGCCGUCAUUUUGAGACGAGUGCUGAUCGACCUGAGGGCUGAACUUUUGGUGGAGAAGAGACAGUGUGACAGGGCAACUAAGCAGCAACAAGAUCAACAAAAGCGCGAAGCGUUCAAACAAGCAUACACCACAUACCAUAAGAUGCUCAACUCAGGCAGGUCGGGUACAGAAGCAAUGGAAGUAGUAAGAAUGGAGCAGAAUGCCGAUUCAGAGGAGGAACAAUUAAGUCCUCAAGGAGAAAUGAACAGUUCGGCACUCUCUGACUGCGACAAUAUCUAUGAUGAUUCCGACGAUGAGAUGAGAUUGGAGGAGUUUAGUCCUGUACGUCAAGCAGUCCGACACGUGGAGGAUCAUUCACAAGUUUCGGUGGCCCGUUCUGCGAUUUUGCAUCAGGCGAAGACUGAAAAUGAUUAUCUGGGUGAUGCAACCAUGAACGACGAUAGUGACGAAACCAGCAUCGACUCUUAUGGUACCAAUGAUUGGAUCGACACAGAUUCGGGUGAGGACGAAGUGAAGACGAGGGGAAGAGCACCAGGCAGUCCUCCGAAACGGCGUAUUGUUUCGAGGGAUCGAAAUCCUUCUCCUCCGAAGAGGGAAAAAGUCUCAGACACGAAGAGUCGGGGUAUCUAUACUGAAGUCGAAGCUGAUAUUACUCCCAAGAAGAAAAAAUAUGUCAUUCCAGCGAAAAAAAUACACUCCUAUUAA